UUGGUGUUCCCUCCCCCGCGCCGGGUUCCGGCCCCGCCCCGCCUAGGUUCCGGAUUUGCUCCCGGGCGGGACCCUCGCCCUGGGCCGGCUCUCAGGGCCGCUGCUCCCGCCCCUCAUCUCCUGUGGCCCCCAGCUCUGUCCGGCCUCCGCCCCGCCCCCUCGGCCCUGGCUCUUUCCUUCAAAGUCCCGUGGUCUCAGGUCUCGGGUCUCGGGUCUCGGGUCUCGGGUCCCGGGGGCCCUCCCCCCGCCCCCCGCCCCGGCCCCCGACCCGGCGCGGUCGCAGCCCAUGGAGUCCCAGUGCGACUACUCGAUGUACUUCCCCGCCGUGCCGCUGCCCCCCCGGGCAGAGCUGGCUGGGGAUCCCGGCCGCUACCGAGCGCUGCCACGGAGGAACCACCUUUACCUGGGGGAAACGGUGCGCUUUCUGCUGGUGCUGCGCUGCCGGGGGAGCGCCGAAGCCGGCUCUGGGGAAGCCCCUGGAGCCGCCUGGGCCGAGCUGGCCGAGGCCCUGGCGGCCCUGGCUUCAGUCAGCGCCGGAAGUGGGGCGCCCGGCUCCGGAGACCUGGACCUGGAACCCCCCGGGGGUGCGGGGCUGUUCUCAGACUGCAGUCCCCUCCUCACCCAUGGCCCGGGCCCUGCCACAGGCGGGGGAGCAACCAUGUUGCCUGUGGAAGAACCAAUUGUGUCCACAGAUGAAGUCAUCUUUCCACUAACCAUUUCUUUGGACAAACUACCCCCAGGAACACUUAAGGCCAAGAUUGUAGUUACUGUGUGGAAAAGGGAGGUUGAGACAGCAGAGGUCAGAGAUCAUGGCUACCUGAGAUUGCUGCAGACCCGGGCCCCUGGGGAGACAUUCCGAGGGGAGCAAAAUGCAUUCAAGGCCCAAGUGAGCACUCUGCUGACCCUACUUCCUCCUCCUGUUCUGAAAUGUCGACAGAUCACUGUGGCUGGAAAACACCUGACAGUGCUCAAGGUGCUGAACAGUUCCUCACAAGAGGAAAUUUCUAUCUGGGACAUCCGUAUCCUCCCCAAUUUCAAUGCCAGUUAUCUGCCUGUCAUGCCUGAUGGUUCUGUGUUGCUGGUGGAUAAUGUCUGUCACCAGUCUGGGGAAAUCUCCAUGGGCUCCUUUUGUCGUCUCCCUGGUUCUUCUGGCUGCUUCCCGUGCCCUCUUAGUGCUCUGGAGGAACAUAACUUCCUGUUCCAACUGAGGGCAGGUGAACAACCCCCUCCAAAAGGCCAGGAGGGCCUAGAGGUAUCUCUUGUUGCUAUAGUUCAGUGGUCUACACCCAAGUUACCAUUCACUCAAAGUAUCUACACCCACUAUAGGCUACCUAGCAUUCGCUUAGACCGUCCAUGCUUUGUAAUGACUGCCUCAUGUGAGUCUCCUGUGCGAGUACAGGAGCGUUUUACUGUUACCUAUACUUUGCUCAACAAUCUACAGGACUUCCUUGCUGUUAGGCUUGUCUGGACCCCAGAGCAUGCACAAACUGGAAAGCAGCUAUGUGAAGAAGAGCGGCGGGCAAUGCAGGCUGCCUUGGAUUCUAUUGUUUGCCACACACCUCUCAAUAAUCUUGGCUUCUCCAGAAAGGGUACUGCACUCACUUUCAGUGUGGCCUUCCAAGCCCUAAGGGCUGGACUCUUCGAGUUGAGCCAGCACAUGAAGCUGAAGUUGCAGUUUACUGCCAGUGUAUCCCACCCCCCACCUGAGGCCCGACCCUUGUCACGAAAGAGCAGUCCUAGCAGCCCUGCUGUUCGAGACUUCAUGGAGAGACAUCAGGGUAGCCUGGGCCGGUCCCAGUCCUUCUCCCACCAGCAGCCUUCUCGCAGCCACCUCAUGAGGUCAGGCAGUGUGAUGGAACGCCGUGCCAUCACACCUCCUGUGGCCUCCCCAGUAGGCCGUCCCCUCUACCUGCCUCCGGAUAAGGCCAUGCUCUCUCUGGACAAGAUUGCCAAGCGUGAGUGCAAGGUCUUGGUGGUUGAACCUGUCAAGUAGUGGGAAGCUGGAUCCCUAUUCUUUAUUCAAACACACCUAGAAAUUGGAAACCCCCUGGAAGGGGUCCUCACCUUGUGGCUGCUGACUCUCCUGGGAUGCUCCCUAAGGAACAUGGAGGAGAUAAUGCAGCUGUCUGUCUGUGUCUGCUGUUGAUUGGGAAGUGGGGGGGGGGGGGGAGCCAACAGUAUUUCCUGUCUGGGAGGGCUGGUCCCAUCCCUAGUUCUGUUCCCUACUCUCCCUCAUCCUACCCCCUCUUUCUUAUUCUAAGUUUACAAAAUAGUUUUUCUUACGCUUAUGACAUUCCCCUCCCCCAACCAGCAGGGGCUAUAUUUGGAAGGUGGUAAUGAUUCAGUGGAUCUUGAUGGUUGCCCCCCAGACUCAGGUGCCAGGGGCGGGGCAUUGUUAUGUGUGUACCUUCCUUCCCUCCCCCAAUUCAUGUUUAUAUCCUCAUGCACUUUAAUUUAAAAUUCCUUGUCUGUCUGUCCAUGUAAUUUCUUCAUGUCUCCUACUGCUUCCAAUUGAAUUGAGACCAUUAAAUGUCUGUCCAGGAGGAAGGAGAACUUAA